UCUGUUAAUUCUUAUAGUACUUGUGGAUACAGAUGCUAAAAGGUUGAUUGGAAGGAGAAUCACGGAUUCAACAGUCAAAAAAGACAUGAAGCUUUGGCCUUUUAAGGUCAUCAGUGACCGUGAUAAGAGACCUAAAUUUGUUGUCAAUUAUAAAGGUUUGGAGAAACAAUUCUCACCUGAGGAGGUUUCUGCAAUGGUUCUCACUAAGAUGAAGGAUAUUGCGGAAAACUACUUGGGCAAGAAUAUAAAGAAUGCUGUUGUGACCGUACCUGCACACUUUAAUGACUCACAACGCCAGGCUACAAAAGAUGCAGCAAUGAUAGCAGGCCUCAAUGUUCUGCGAAUUCUUGUUGAGCCGACUGCUGCUGCAGUUGCUUAUGGUCUUGACAAGGACCUUACAAGUAGCAUGGGAGUGGAGAAGAUUGUCCUUAUAUUUGAUCUUGGCGGUGGUACUUUUGAUGUUUCUCUUCUGAAAAUCGAAAAGGAUAAUUUUAAAGUAUUAGCUACUGCCGGGGACACUCACCUUGGAGGUGAGGACUUUGACAAUCGUCUGCUAAACUAUUUUGUUAAGGAUUUUAAAGAGAAGCACAGAAAAGAGAUCGGUCAAAAUGCCAAAGCAUUAAGAAAAUUAAGAAAUGCUUGUGAAAAAGCAAAGAGGUUUUUGUCCCGCAAUGUUACAACAACUAUAGAUGUCGAUUCUUUGUUUGAGGGAAUAGAUUAUUGCACAAAUAUCAGUCGUUCCAAAUUCGAGGAUUUAAACAUGGAUCUGUUUAGAAGUUGUGUUGAGACAGUGAAGAAAUGUCUGGAAGAUGCGAGGAUGGACAAGAGUAGGGUCCAUGAUAUUGUUCUUGUAGGUGGUUCUUCUAGGAUUCCAAAAUUACAAGAGCUUUUGCGACACUUUUUUAAUGGGAAGGAACUUUGUAAGAGCAUAAAUCCUGACGAGGCUAUCGCUUAUGGUGCAGCUGUCCAAGCUGCUAUAUUAAGUGGAGAGGGUGAUAACAAGAUUAAGGACUUGGUAUUGGUUGAUGUUACUCCUCUGUCCCUUGGGAUUGCAGUUGGUGAUGUUCUCAUGUCUGUAGUCAUUCCAAGGAACACAACUAUUGCGAACUCAAUGAAAGAAUUAUACACUACUGCAUAUGAUGAUCAAACAUCCAUUAUAAUCAGCAUUUUCGAGGGUGAGAGAGCAAGAACAAAAGACAAUAAUUUUCUGGGAGAGUUUAUUCUAACUGGCGUGCCUCCUGGCCCGAGGGGUAAAUUUAGUUAUUGGUUAACCUUUGCAAUUGAUGCGGAUGGCGUACUGAAUGUUUCUGCUGAGGAUAAGACCAUAACUACUGGAAUCAAGAAUAGCACUAAAAUCAUCAAAAGUGGAAUGCUUACAGAGGAGGAGAUAGAAAGAAUGGUUCAGGAUGCUGAACAUUUCAAGGCUGAAGAUGAGGAAUUCAGGAGAAAGAUGAAAGCAAUGAAGGAAUUUGAGGAUUAUGUAUAUGACAUGAGAGACUGCACUGAAAGAAACAACAAUCUUGAACCUUCGGUUAAGCAGAAGAUAAGUUACUAUUUCAAGGAGGCUAUUCAAUGGCUAGAUGCAAACAGAAAUGCUGAAAUUUUUGAGUAUGAGUACAAGAAGCAGCAGUUUGAAGCUGUCUGCAAUUUGCUUAUUCCUAGCAGUGAAGACAUCAAAAUUGAGAAAGCUUCAUAAUUUAUACGUUAACUGAUUUAUUCUAGUUUUGGGAAAUCAACUUUAAUUCUUAUACCCAUUUUUUGUAAAAAACAAAACUGACACUGUUUGGUAUUCACUUGUUAUGACUGUAAUUUGUAACUUUCUUCU